UUCUUCCCCCUCCCCCAGUUCUCCCUAAAGCAUUGUCCUGGACACUGAUUUGCAUAAACCUGGGAAGUCAUUACUGAGAACUUUCAGCACCAGGUAAUUUCCUCCCUGAAUGGCCCAUCUUAUAAAGGCUUCAAGCAGCCAGCCCCAGACAGAGUCCAGUGCCUGCAGCUCCUGACCCAACCAGGCCCCAUCGACCAGACCCCGUCCUACCCAGACGCCAUCAACCAGACCGAAGCCCCAUGAAGCUUCCCACCCCACUGCUAUUCUGGCUGAGUGCACUCUGGCCUCAGUUCCUGGCCAGCCCCCUGAGCUCCUCCUACCUGCCCCAGAGCUUCCUUCCCCAAAUCCAGGAGCAAGUGAGGAAGAUCCAGGAUGACAUCGAAGGGCUGCAGCAGAGAUUGUGUGCUGACUACAGCCUAUGCCAUCCCGAGGAGCUGAUUUUGUUUGGCCAGUAUCUGGGCAUCCCCAGGCCACCUCUGAACAACUGCUACAGUCAGGACUUGAGACUGGCAGCCUGCCUGAAUCAGCUUCACCAUGGACUCCAGCUCUACCAGGAUCUUGUGAAAGCACUGGGGGGCAUCUCCCCCGAGUUGGCUCCGACUCUGAACACCCUGCAGCUGGAUGUUGGUGAUCUUGCUGCCAACAUCUGGCAACAGAUGGAAGAUUCUCAUGUGGCUCCUGAGAUCAUGCCCAUGGCGGGCACCCUGCCCCUCUUCAGCUCCUCCUUCCAGCGUCGGGCAGGGGGUGUCCUCAUCUUUGACUACUUGCAAGGCUUCCUGGACAUGGCAUUCCGUGCCCUGCGCCAUCUUUCCCAGUCCUGAUUUAAUUCCGUAUUUAUCCCCUAUUUAAUAUUUAUAUAUUUAAACUUAGCAAGAUAUUUAAAAGGUGGAAGGUAGUGGAGUUCUUAACUGUCCCUCCUCCCCCUCAAUCCCAUUCUGGGUCACAGUCUCCCUGUUCAUAGCAGGGGAAAAUUCUGACCAGCCACCCUGGGGGCUGGAAGAUAAAUAGGUAAAUACCAAGUAUUGCCAUUAAAUGACCCAUCUCCAGGUGGGAGAUGCUCCGUUGUUUAAUAUUUAAACAGCAACGUUCCCUAGGUGAGUGAUGGUGCCUGCUGUGCAACCUAGCUAUGGCAGGGCUGGAGGUAGGGCUAACUCACCAGUCUUGCCAGGAUCAGUCCAGCUCUGUUCUUUGGUUUUCCCUUUGCCCCAAGGGAAAG